AAACCACUUCUUCUCACUGUUCUCAUCUUCUCACACAGUUAUUGCGCAUUUAUCCCAAAACACCACAAUUUCGCAAUCACACAUUAUGGAAUCGAAGAAAUGCGACGAGACCACGGAGGCGACCUUGUCAGUGCCUCCUUUGACAUCGUCGCCGGUUUCCUCUUUGAAGAAAUUUGCAUAUGUUUCGACAAAAACACAAAUAUUAACUUUUUGCAGCACCUUUUAGUCCGUUUCGUGAGCAACAACAUCGCCAUCAAACUAUUCAAUAUCACAACGGUUGAAGUCCAAGACAAAUAUUUCGCGUUUUUGAACUACCAAGUCACCAAUCAUCUCGGAGCGAAUACAAUAUUUUUCUCUUCGCACAAAUUUUACGAGCACGUUUUACUCGAGAUAAAUGAACGCGAUUUCAUCCGCCGUAACUUGAUCUAUAUUUUCAACUGGGGCCGGCGGCCCUUUAGCCGCUACUUCGUCCGCAAUAUAAUAAAUGUGAUGAAAGUUUUCGUCAUCACAAACCCGCGAAACGACACGUUUCGCAUUUUCUACAACCAAGCGGUUCCAUAUAAAAAACACCACUUGGAAAUGGUCAACUGGUGGCAACACGGGGUUGGCCUCUUCAACCACCCGACACUUCCCGCCAAAUACAAUAACGUAUUCAAAGACUUUAAAGAAAACGUUUUUAAAAUACCAGUGAUUCAUAAACCACCCUGGCACUUCGUCCAGUACGGUAACGACUCGAUUAAAGUAACAGGAGGGCGCGACGACCGCAUUUUAUCGCUCUUGUCCAAAAAGCUCAACUUUCGGUACGACUACUUCGACCCCCCGGAGCGCAUCCAAGGCUCGUCGGCGUCGGAAAACGGCACUUUCAAGGGGGUUUUGGGCCUGAUUUGGAAACGACAGGCAGAAUUUUUCAUCGGCGAUGUGGCCCUAAGCCACGAACGCGCCAAUUACGUCGAAUUCUCCUUCAUCACUUUAGCCGACAGUGGCGCUUUUAUCACCCAUGCCCCCAGUAAACUGAACGAGGCUUUGGCCCUUCUUAGGCCGUUCCAGUGGCAGGUUUGGCCCGCCAUUGGGGUGACUUUUGUGGUCGUGGGGCCGGUACUUUACGCGAUUAUCGCACUGCCUAAUGCUUGGAGGCCCAGGUUUCGGGUCAGGUCACAUGCCCGACUUUUCUUCGACUGUACUUGGUUCACUACCACUGUUCUCUUGAAGCAAACGGGGAAAGAGCCCAGUUCGAGUCAUAAAGCCAGGUUUUUCAUUAUUAUUCUCUCGAUUUCGUCCACGUAUGUGAUUAACGACAUGUAUUCGGCUAACUUGACUUCGCUCCUUGCCAAACCUGGACGAGAGAAGGCAAUUAAUAAUUUGAAUCAGCUGGAGAAAGCAAUGGCCACUCGAGGCUAUGAUUUAUACGUUGAGAGGCACAGCUCGUCCUAUAGUUUAUUUGAGAACGGGACUGGGAUUUACAGCCGAUUGUGGCAAAUGAUGAAUCGGCGCCAAACACACUUUCUUCUCGAAUCGGUCGAAGAAGGGGUCCAACUUGUCCGAGACAGUACCAACAAGGCUGUUAUAGCAGGCCGUGAGACCCUCUUCUUCGACAUACAAAGAUUUGGUGCCAGCAAUUUCCAUCUGAGUGAGAAACUAAACACUGCAUAUUCAGCAAUUGCCCUACAGCUCGGUUGUCCUUACAUCGAAGAAAUAAAUAAAAUCCUUAUGGCCAUUUUCGAGGCCGGCAUUAUAACAAAAAUGACCGAAAAUGAGUACGAACAAUUGGGCAAAAAGAAACAAACAACUUCCGAAACAGAAAAAGAGUUAAUACCCGGAGUGAAGAAAGAAAAUCGCAGAGUGGCCAAAGUCAGUGAAGAUAACGAGAAACUCCAACCCAUCAGCAUUAAAAUGCUGCAAGGGACUUUCUAUUUAUUGUGCAUCGGAAAUAUAUUUUCAGGUUUUAUUCUACUUGCAGAAAUUCUGGUUUACAAGCAUCGGAAAACGUACAAACACAAAAAACGGAGACAUAGGUUCGUUUAUUUGAGGAAAAUUAGACACAGUGUUGCCUCGAAAUUUGGAGCAGUUGUCGAUGCUGUGAGGAGGGUUUACAGAAGAGCAAUGCACGAUGCGUUUGUCGCCACAUUGGAGUAUUUGGAAUAAUUUUUAGAUAUGUAGUUUAUCACAAAAACAAACAAACAAAAACAGGAAAACGCUGUAGCUUAUAGCUAGUAAAUAAUACAAAUAAAUUGGAAAAACUGUA